AUGCGCAGAUUUCCCCGAGAUAGAAAAUUUAAAGGGAGCAUCUUUGCGAUUUUUGAAAAAAAAGAGGACGUUGAUAGGUUUCUGUCUUCGCCGGAAGCAGCCACGUUUAAGGAGAAGAAAAUGAUCCGGUUGACCCAGGCAGACUAUUGGAAACACAAACAAGAGGAAAAAGACGCUAAGCUUGUUUCUCAGGCUAAAAGACAAGCUGCUGUUGAAGCUAGCCAGGAGGCACAACUGAAUUCUCGAAUGAUUGUUGGUGCAUUACUUGAAAUUAAUGGCCUUCCAGAAGCUACAAAAAGAAAUGAUGAAGUUGUAGAUGGGGGUGACGCUGAACCACAAAAAUCCUCAGAACCACCUAAAAACGGAAAUGAAGAUUCAGAAUUGCCUACUGUUAUGAAUUUAAAACAAUGGUUAACGGAGAAGCUGGACUCUACCAUUUCUGUUGGAUGGAUUGAUGUUGAACCAGCCGAGGGAAGGGCCAUCGUGCGCUUUAAACAACCCAAUACAGCAGAGAAGGCGUGGGCUAAACUCAAAGAAGCAUUCGGUGAUAAUCCUGUCACCUAUCAUAAUAGUGAAUUAUCUGGUCGUGUACUGACUGGUGAUGAGGAGAAGAACAGAUGGAAGGUGAUCUUGGCGGCUCAACAGCAAAAGGCUCAAAAACGUCGUGGAGGACGUGGCGGUGGAAGACAGAUAGCCAACAAACGACGUCGUGCGAACUAA